AUGUUCGUCCCAAACCACCAUUCCUUGCCAGGGACUUAUAAGGAGAUGUGUGAAGUCACACGUAAGUACGAACAGGCUCGCUCCACCGUAGCCCCUGGGAGGUAUCGAUAUCCAACAGUGUUGAAGAAUGAAGAAAACCAGAUUGAGAGAAUCUCCCAAUGGAUCAAUGGAUUGUCCAUUAAUCGUCUGGAAACGGUACGGACCAUGAACGAGAUGAUACAGAAUCAACAACGGAACACCCAACCCCGGCGCGACGCGUGCCUAGAUGAAGAACGAAACCGUUACAGGCGAGAGGGUAGGUGCUUUACGUGUGGAGAGCCGGGUCAUCGCUCCUAUGAAUGCCUUAGCGAGAAAACAGACACCUGGCAUAGAGCUACCGAGAGUAUAAACCCACUAGGACGUAACCCACCAGUAGAAACACACUACCUAGACGGAGCGGAUGAGGGGAACAGCCAUGACGAAGAAGACGAAGUGUAUGCCGUCGCCCGAGGACAGACUAACCAUCAUAAUAGCCCCUAUGCCAGACCCAAUGACAAAGAGAAAGGUAGGAACAGGUUACGGCAGUUAGACCAAGCCCUGAAAGAACUCAGAAGGACCAUUGCAAUGCCCAUCGACUCACCCCGCAGGCGACAACAAACCCCGCACCCGACGUCCACCUCGAGAGAAGGUAUCUAUGAGCCCUCAGUGUCAUCACCAUCUCUGGACCUGGUUUAUCCCCACCACCGUCUCCACCCCGCCACGUGGAAACCCCUCUCAAAGCCAACGACGUCAGGAUUGAAGCCAGGAGACUCUUUCCGAUCGCCUUGA